CCUCCCCAUCCUUCCCAGUCUGUUCGAACGUGACGAACAUGGCAGACCCUUUGUCGCUUCUUCGACAGUAUAACAUAAACAAGAAAGAGAUCAUAGAAAGGUCGGGUGAGAUCAUAUUUGACGAAUUCUCAUUUCCAAGGACAGCAAAGACGAACUAUGUUAUUUUCAAAUCCCAGCCGAAGGAAUACUACACUUUGGAGUCGCUAUUGUUUCUGUUGAAGAAUGUGCAUUUAUCUCAUCCAAUUUACGUCCAGCGUGCAGCGGGUACAAAGAUACCAGUGGUGAGAUUGCCUGACAGAAAGGGAUUACUCAGCUAUCUCAAUGGAGAGACAGAUACUGCAAGCAGCAUUGACAAGAGUGUCCCUUUGGAAAUGCCUAACCAGCGCUCUGCCAUUGCUCAGGCACAAGCAAAAAGGCCAGGAGAUGACUCUGUAGGGGGAGAGAUCAAGAAACCUCGGGUUGAGACAGAGCAGUUACGUCUGGAUAAGAAAAGGUUGGAAGCUCGACUUGAAGGGCACAAGGAGGGAACUGUUACCACUGAACAAAUCAGAUCUUUGAGUGAUGCUAUGUCAGUUGAGAAGAUUGCAGCCAUCAAGGCUAAGCGUUUGGCAAAGAAAAGGACUACCAUCAAAGUGGAUGAUGACUUGGAAUCUGGUGUUUUGGAACACAGGGUUUUUGUUGAUGCUGAAGUUGAUGUUACAAAAGACAUAGUCAGUCGUGAGCGACCUCUUCGCACCCGCACAUCUGUUCUGCAGAGUUCUGGCAAGCAAUUUCUGAAAAAUGUGUUGGCCAUACUCCAAUCUGUAAAAGCCCAAGAGGAAGGGAAAGUCAAACAGCUUCAAAAUCAAGAUCCCUUUACAAACACUGAAACGAGAAAGAAGCCUGUAACUCCAGUACCAUACAACAGAUAUGAUCAGGAACGAUUUAGGGGAAAAGAAGAAACUGAGGGCUUCAAAAUUGAUACUAUGGGAACAUAUCAUGGCCUUAGUUUAGAAUCUGUGAAGGAAGGAGUUCAGAAACCCAAAAAAGUCUUUCCCAGUCCCUCUCCUCAUACACAGCCCAGCAAGACCCCCAGGCCUAUCCCUCAAAAGCCAAAUCAUCCUCCAAAACGAGAAUCACGCACGCCUAUCAUUAUUAUUCCUGCUGGUACUACAUCACUCAUUACACUCUACAAUGCUCAGGAUUUGCUGCAGGACUUCAAGUUCACCAGUUCUGAUGAGAAAAAAGCUCAGGGCGCAAGGCGUGAAAACGAAGUACUCAUUCAACGAAGGAAAGACAUUCAGCAGGCCCAGGCUGGUACAGGAGGAGCAUCAACCACAGUGACUGUACCUUACAGAGUGAUAGACAACCCAGCUCGUCUUCAACCCAACGACUGGAAUCGUGUUGUAGCGGUGUUUGUCCAAGGUCCAGCCUGGCAGUUCAAAGGUUGGCCAUACAGCUCCCCUGUUGAUAUCUUCAUCAAAACUAAAGGUUUCUACCUCAAGUACGACGAGAUGAAAACAGAUCCCAACGUGCAGAAGUGGGACGUACAUAUCCUCACUAUCAGCCGAAAUAAAAGACAUCUAGACAAAGCUUCCAUCAUUAGAUUCUGGGAAAUUCUUGAUAAGUUUAUGACAAAGAACAAACCACAUUUACGCUUCUAAACAUUCAGAACAAAUUCACUGACGGUGGAAUUUCAUGGCAGCGAGGAGCUGUUGAUAUCCUGACUGCUUUAUCAAUCAUGCAAUCAAUCAUGCAGCCAAAGUUUUGUAUCAAAACAGUAGUUCUGUGAAUUGAACAGUCAUUGGAACAGUCUACCGCAGUUUUGCCCAGAUUUCAAAUAACUAGUGGACUCGGUUUUUGAAUCUUAUGAUUGUGCGGUUGCAUUUCGUAUAUCAGUAAUUAACCCCCAGCUUAAUGUAACUGUCGAGGAAUAAUUAUCGCCUUAAAAUUUCUCUUCGGAACAAUGUAACAUACAAUAAUUUACAGUAUGGCAAAUGGGAACCCUAAACAAUAUGUUUUAGAAAGAGUUCAACGUACAUUACUUUAGAUGUUUGAGGGAGAACAUGUUUCUAAGAGAAGAACUUGAUCCCUGUAAGUUUUCCUAUAAUGGCCGGGUUAUUUGACUCAUAUUCAUUGACGGUGGUUUGUUUUUGCAAUUUGAUGACGUGGUAAACAAGUCGCCUGGGUAUGGUCAGUUAAUUUAUUAAGUGUUGCAGCGAGGAUUUAUACGAAUAUCAAGAGCGAAUUGCAGUCACAGCGAGAAUUUUCUUUUGUACUUUCAUUGGGUUCAUGCUGAGUGAACCUUACCUGGUUUCAGUGGGGGGAGGGGAGGAGAGAGAGUGUGUAGGCCCGAGGAUGAGGUUAGGAUGAACAGUACUAUCGAUACAUUGUAAAUAUUCUCUUUGUCUGUAAUCAGGUAAAUAAACACUUUUUCCACCGUU